GGGGUCAAGGUUGAGUCUGCGAAAACAACGACGUUUUUGUCAUUUGAAGGUCGAGAUAUGUUAUAAUUUCAUGAAAUUAAUGAUGUGAUAUAGUCAGCGCUGCCAUGCUGUAGCCUGCUUAGUAGUCGCCUUCUUCCUGCUGCCCUGUGAUACGCUACCAAAAUGAGUCGCCUUGACCAAUUUUAUCGAAAGCUACUGCUCACAAAAUUCUUCACAAAAGGAUGGGGCAAUCCUACCAGUCUCAAGAGACUCUUCGAGGUCCAGUCUAUCAUGACAAAUCGUGACAAGUGUAAACAUGUCGUGCCAAGUGACUAUCCCAUCCACAUCGACAAGGAGGAGUUGUCCGGCGACUGUCGACUCAUUGAAGGACACUUCCUCAGCCCGUUUGAGAAGAUGCUGCCAGGAAUCAUGCCAAAAGAAGUCAAAACUGCAAGGUUCCAAAUGCUGUUUCCGAUUCAGUGGCGUGGCAACCUGAAACCUACUGUCCUACACCUUGCUGGAACCGGAGAUCAUCAUUUUAAUCGACGUCGCUUCCUCCUUGCCAGACCUUUGCUCAAAGAAUACGGCAUCGCCUCCAUCAUUCUGGAGAACCCUUAUUAUGGUGUGCGAAAACCUCCUGCUCAGCUGCGUUCCAGUCUUCAUAAUGUCAGUGAUCUGUUCGUAAUGGGUGGUGCCCUAAUCUGUGAGUCGGUUGCUCUCUUCCAUUGGUGUGAGAGGAAUGGCUAUGGCCCGCUUGGCAUCAGCGGUUUAUCAAUGGGAGGACAUAUGGCAUCAAUUGCAGCCACCAAUUGGGACAAGCCACUGUCCCUUACACCAUGUCUCUCCUGGUCGACCGCUUCAAACGUUUUCACCCAGGGCGUGAUGAGUGGGGCCAUACCGUGGCAUCUCCUAGAGUCUCAAUACGUGGCGGACAACUUUUACAAAGAUGAAGUCGGGAAGUUCAUCACAGAUCCUAAUGAGAGUCUCAAAAAGAGGGCCUUUAUUCUCGGCAAAGAGUUUGCGGAGAAUUAUGAACAAAACGUCGACGAUUUAGAAAAGUAUCACCAGGAUUACCUCGACGAUAAAGCCACUCAGGCGGGCAUUCAUGAAAUCAUGAACAUGUCAUUACGUAAUCCAGAUCCAAGAGAUGAUACGAGUGCCAAGAAGAAAACUGUUGUACGGUCAGACAUUGGAGAGGAUCAGAGCGACAUUGAGGCCACCACUUUGGCCUCUGAUAAUCAGCAAGGGGGAGUUCAGGCCAGUAGAACUCUCACCAUGGCACAAAACCUUACGAGCGAUAACAAUCAGCCAGCAGGAGGUGAGGCCCCGGACUCCAAACGCAGCCUCAGCGCUAGCGGAACUCUCAAAGCUGCACGCAACCGUACCAGUGGUAAAAAUAGUCCAGCGCAAGCUUCUGCCAGCUACAGCACUGUAGCCAAUGAAAAGAAAGCAUUUUUCGAUCGUUUUGACUUUCGUAAAAAGUCGAAGGAGCCGAAACGUACGACUGAAGUUAAAGGUGAAGACCGGCAGAUGUUGAAGGCCGAAGUGCUAGGGUUUAUGCGGGGAAUAAUGGAUCAGUGUACGCAUCUGGUGAACUUUUCUGUCCCCGUCGACCCGAGUCUAGUCAUUGUCGUUUCGGCAGAGAAGGACGCGUAUAUGCCUCGUGAUAAGGUCAUCCCCAUGCAGGACAUUUGGCCAGGCGUUGAAUUACGUUAUCUCAAGAAUGGACACAUUGGUUCAUUCUUGUUUCAUCAAGCUGAUUUCAGGAAAGCCAUUCAUGACAGCAUGAAGAAACAAAUCGACAAGUACUACCCAGACACAAUAGAAGCCUACGAAGGUCUUCUGCCAUAUAAAAAGACAGGAAAAAAGAAAACCAAACGCGCUAAAAGCUAAUAUGUAUACAAAUGGACUGACGUCUUGCAUCAAGACAGCUAUGUUAAAGUUGUAUUUAUACUGUCUCAUUCUUUAGUGGGAUAAAGUUAGUUGAUGCAUGAUUUUGGGUUGGAGCAUUGGGUGGCAUUUUGGACUUAUCCAAAAUACCCGCUGCAGUGUCUGUAAGAAAAUUAGUUGAAAACUGUAACUUUCAAAGUUUUCCAGACGUUUUGCUUUGUCUUUGCAUGAUAAAACUGCAUAAGGCGAGCUUAUGUAUUUUUGAUUUGAUCCAUCUUGUCAAGAUACAGGGUGGUCCACAAAAAAGUUACGUUUUUGGUUUCCAAAAAAGACACUCAAUGCUCUUGCUCUCAACUGCUACUGUCUAACCUCUCAAAGAACGAAAGACCCGUACUUCAUAUAUAUUUAUUUAUUUUGCUAUGUAUAUAUUGUGUGUGCACGGUGCCAGUCAGAAAAUGAACUGGAAGCCAGUUUUGUAUCUGAAAUCAAAAGCUUUGUCGUACAGAGCCUUGCAUACUUGCAUUUCUCCAAAAGAAGCUUUUAUCUUUUUAAUAGGUAGUGGAUAUGUAUAGUUUAAGCCGCAAUCUGAUAGUUCUGCACACUUGCUUUUUAUGCCCAUCCGAGAAUCCGGCCUUUUUCAGUAAGAUAGCAAGGUUUCCAAUAAGGGUGGACCAAAAAAAUCUACAAGUAUAUUUGCAUCCAAUGUCUUCAGCCUCAAAGCCCCAAUGUAACAACCUGGCCCUGUUUAUGAGACAUAUCUAGGUCUAGCUGCCCUUAAGUCGACCUUGGUUCCCCACAGUGUGGCCUUGGUCUCAAGAUCCUCCGGCAUGGUCAUAAGAAAACAGAAAUCACUCAAUCAUUUACUCAACAACCUUGAUCUCAAUCACCUCUGAUGCCAAAUGCUUGAAACUACAUGAAAAUUGAGUUGUAGGCCUAUCAUCUCGUUGUCCAAAGAUGAUCAUCACCAGCUUGAAGCAGCUUUUGUGCUCCCCUUACCAAUGGCAUACCAAUAAAAGGAUGUGCUAUAAUAGUAUACAUGUACAGGAUGUAUGAUGAUGUGUGUUUGCUCCAUAAGAUAUAGAAUA